AGUAUUCACUCAUUCUCUCUCAAUCAGAAACCGCUCUGCCCUCCACGUCUGGAUAAAUCUCACGUUCAAUCCUUUUUCUUCUCUCCUCUACAUUUUCUUCCCAUUGCUUACCAGGUAAACAAGAGGUAAUUACCAGUACGGAUUCCAGUAUUGAACCCACCAACAACACUCGUCCUCCAUCACACAUCGCCAUCAUGGGUUACCCAGACAAGUUUGAAGGUUUCAUGAUUUCAGACCAGAAGAAAUGGACUGAAUUCAAGAAGCAAGAGUUCACUCCCAAAAAAUUUGGUGACCACGAUAUCGACAUCAAGAUCGAAUGCUGUGGUGUUUGCGGCUCAGAUGUACACAGCAUCAAUGGCGGCUGGGGUGAGGUUCCUCUUCCCAUCUGUGUAGGCCACGAAGUCGUUGGCCAUGCCGUCAAGGUCGGCUCCGCAGUCAAGACCGUCAAGGUUGGAGACCGUGUCGGUGUCGGCGCCCAGAUCUCGGCCUGCCUCGAGUGCCAAAACUGCAAGAGCGACAAUGAGAACUACUGCCCUCACGGGGUUGAUACCUACGGAGCCCCCUACGGCGAUGCCAUCUCCCAGGGUGGAUAUGCCUCUCACAUUCGAAGCCACGAAUACUUCACGUUCCCCAUCCCUGAUGAGAUCCCCUCCCACCUGGCUGCACCUAUGCUGUGCGCUGGUCUGACCACAUACUCACCAUUGGUGCGGGCAGGAGUCGGUCCUGGCAAGAAGGUCGCUGUUGUUGGUCUCGGUGGCCUGGGACAUUUCGGGGUCAUCUGGGCCAACGCCCUAGGUGCCGAAGUCACUGUCAUCUCACACUCGCCAAACAAGAAAGAAGAUGCUCUGAAGCUGGGCGCAAAGAACUUCGUCGUCAACGACAAGGAAGGAUGGGAGAAGCCAUACGCUUUUGCCUUUGACUUCAUUCUCAACACCGCCGAUAUGACACACACCUUUGACAUUGGCCAGUAUCUGUCCAUGUGCAAGGUCAACGCACCCUUCCAUCAAGUCGGUCUUCCGGAUGAGGCGCUGCCAGCCAUCAAGCCACAGAUGUUCAUGAGCAACGGCAGCUCGAUCGGUGCCAGCCACAUUGGCAACAGACCCGAAUGCUUGGCCAUGCUUAAGCUGGCCGCAGAGAAGAAACUGUUCCCUAUGGUUGAGACCCUACCCAUUUCUGAGGAGGGCUGCAAAGAGGCUGUAACGAGGGUGUCCAAGAACAAGAUCCGAUACAGGUUCACCUUGACCGACUACGACAAGGCGUUCGGUGCUCGAAACUGAUCGAUUGAUGUAAGCCUCGGUUGGAUACAGAGAUCUGGAAAAGUCGGCACGGCGGGUGGUGGGAUACGCAUCCCUGGCUAGACAAUAAGACUUCGAGGACGAACAGACAGACACACUUGAGGAUGUCUGUGUUGUCAAUUUGCAGAUGCGUACAUUGGGAAUGCCGAUCAUGAGUACCGUGGACGCAAACAGCAUUGCCAGGGCGCUUGUUGUGAUACGAACUGUCCUGUCAGAAGAUGCGGCAUGUCGUGCAACUGGUUCUCCGGAAAUGUACGUUGUAGACCUCAUCGGCGAACCAGGGGUGUCCCCAGCAGUGCCCACUAUCAGAUACUCUGUAGACUCUGGAGAGAUGGACAAUGUCAAUAUGUUAGUGCGCACGAUUGACAGCCUCUGUGUCCCACGUAUGGUAGUGUAUCCAUCUGUAUUCACUUGCC